AUGUUAGUUCCACCAGAUAACUUUGGCCUUGUAGAGCCAGGUAUUUAUAGGUGCAGUAAGCUAGAGCCUGAACAUUUCCCGUUUUUAGAGACCUUGCAAUUAAAAUCAUUAGUGGUUCUAGAUGCUGAGAAGCCACCACGCUUGCUAAAGAAUUUCAUUGAAGCUAACAAUAUAGAAAUACAUAACCUAGGAGGGUUAAAAAUAUCGAAUCAUAAUCAUACCGGUGCCAAUUCUAGCUCAAAUAAAGACGACAACGAAGAUGAUGCUAAUACGGAGACAUCAUCCGUCAGUAGCAAAACAGAGACAGGAGUAUACAACCUUGGAAAAUCUGAAAUUGAAACUGUCAAACUUACCAGUAAAAGUAAGAAUGAUCAAUGGAUGUUAAUAGAAAGGAACAUAAUAGCGGGGGCAUUUGAAUUGCUAUUGAAUAAAAGUAAGCACAAUAUCCUAUUAAUCGACUCAACAUCAACAUUAGUUGGAAUACUACGGAAAAUUCAGAAAUGGAAUUUUAAUUCUAUUAUUAACGAAUACAGAAUAUACUCAGGAAACUCAAAUAAAAGCAAUUACUAUGCAGAGAACUUUCUAGAGUUAUUACAAACGGAGUUGAUACCGUUCGAAAUAGAUCGUUUAAAUGCACUUUUGAAACAGCAAGAACAAAGAGAAGAACAGUAUCAACAAGAACAGCGUACACAGGCUCCGCCGUAUCAAUAUGGAUCGAGUAAGGCCAGAUCUAUUUUCCGAAGUCCUGAUUUUCAAAUAUCAGGCUCAAGAAAGAAUUCUAUAGACAGUAGCCAACUCGAACAUCAAUUCGAUGACGAGAAUGAUAAUGAAAGUAUUGAUGAUGAAGAUAUUGAUGAUGAGCUAUUAUCCGCCUCACCGCAAAUCCCAGCUAAUCUCUUGAAGUUGGCUGAAAUGAGAAAGCAAGAUAAUCCCAGAAAGGAAUCGAUAGAUUCGACUGGUUCAGACGAUGAUAAAUUUACUCCUGGAACAUCUCCAAAAUAUGUCAGAUCCAACAGAAAUAAUAGUUUAAACAACGAUAUGAUUCAAUAUGCAUCAAGAGGGAGUUAUGAGAGAAGAUAUUCAUUGGCUGAUCAUAAAUUCAGUCGCCCAGGAAGUUUCAGUAAUGGGAAUCAUAAAUUUAGAAACCAGAGUAUUAGCAGCUCAUCACCCUCAAUACGAUGUUCGUUUGAAGGUUCUCUGAGUCUUGUUAAACGAUUAAGGGAAAGAGAGGAUAUCGAAAAGUUAAAAGAUUCAAAACAUUCUAAAUCAAUAGAUAUUAUUCCCGAGGAGGCACGAUUAUUACGAGAAAAUUACGAUUACAAGUUCUACAAGAAGUUAGAUAAAUAUCCAAUAAGUUUUGAAAACGUUAGUAUUAUUAAGCUCAAAUUACCGCCUGAUAAUAAAUUGCCCGACUGGUUUAUAAAGAAUAGAGACUGUUGGGAGGAGAAUUUCAGAAUAUUGAAUAAAGUUUAA